AUGGCGCCUGGUCCGUCCACGCCUAGCCGCCGCACAAGCUCAGAGGCAACAGUCGAUGUUAAGCGGGACGCUUGUUCCCACGACCGCAAAGAUGCGUCGCAACAACGCCCCAGCGCCAACAUCAACACCAACGUCACCACCGGCGCCAACACCGACCACGUUGAUCCUCCCAGCAGCAAUCCCGCCGAUCCACCGCCUCCCGCGCCGGCGCAGCACGCCGAGCCCGAGGCCGACCGGACCCGGCUGGAGUCCUUCCUCGUCGUCUUUGCCCUCUGCGUGGCCUUGUUCCUGGCAGCCUUGGACAUGACCAUCGUGACCACAGCCAUCCCCACCAUCUCGAGCCACUUCAACUCCAGCCAGGGCUACAUCUGGAUCGGUUCGGCCUACCUGCUCGGAAACGCCACGUUCGUGCCGGCUUGGGGCAAAGUCUCCGACAUUUUCGGACGCAAGCCAGUGCUCAUUGGCGCCGUCGCCAUCUUCUGGCUCGGCUCUCUGCUCUGCGCCAUCAGCAACAGCAUGGGCAUGCUCAUCGCCGCCCGUGCCAUCCAGGGCGUCGGCGGCGGCGGCACCAUUGUCCUGCCCAACAUCUGCGUCUCGGACCUCUUCUCCAUGCGCAAGCGAGGCAUGUACUUUGGCAUCCUCGGCGGCGUCUGGGCCGUCGCCUCGGCCGUCGGGCCCGUUCUCGGAGGCGUCUUCACCACCCGCGUCUCGUGGAGGUGGUGCUUCUACGUCAAUCUACCGCUGUCUGGCAUCGUCCUCGUCAUCCUCGUCCUGGUCCUCAAGCUCCACAACCCCAGGACGCCCGUGAAGCAGGGCCUCGUGGCCAUCGACUGGGCCGGCAGCCUCCUCGUCAUCGGGGGCACCCUCAUGUUCCUCUUUGGGCUCGAGUUUGGAGGCGUGCAGCACCCCUGGGACUCGGCCAUUGUCAUUUGCCUCGUCGUCUUCGGAGUCGUCACCGUAGGCCUCUUUGUCGUGUACGAGUCCAUGGUGGCGCGGUUCCCCAUCAUGCCCAUGUCGCUGUUCCGCCACAAGACGAGCAUCGCCGCUUUUUUGCUGUCCUUUACCCACGCCUUCACCUUCAUGGGCGGCAGCUACUGGCUGCCCCUGUAUUUCCAGGCCGUCCUGGGCGCCACGUCCCUCAUGUCGGGCGUGUACCUCCUCCCCUUUGUGCUCUCGCUCUCCCUCACCUCUGCGGUCGUGGGCGUCGCUAUCAAGCGCACCGGCAACUACAAGAUUCCCAUCAUCCUCGGCCUCCUCGUCAUGACUCUCGGCUUCGGGCUGUUCAUCGACCUCGGCGAUGACCGAAACUGGGCCAAAAUCGUCGUCUUCCAGAUCAUCGCGGGCGUCGGCGUCGGCCCCAACUUUCAGUCGCCCCUCAUUGCGCUGCAGACCAACGUGGAGCCUCGCGACAUUGGCUCCGCCACGGCGAGCUUUGGUUUCCUGCGGCAGCUUGGCACGUCCAUCUCCGUCGUCGUCGGGGGCGUCAUCUUCAACAACCAAAUGCAGGCUCAGGCUGGAUACCUGCAGGGCCAGCUCGGUCCAGAGCUGGCCGCCAUGUUUAGCGGCUCUCGGGCCGCCGCCAGUGUCCACCUUGUAGGCGAUCUCCAUGGCAAUGAUGCCGCCGUCGUAAAGCACGCGUACUGGAGCGCCCUUCAGAAAAUGUACAUCCUCUACACCUGUACCGCCUUUGUCGGUCUCCUCAUAAGCUUCAACAUUUCGCAGAAGAGGCUGAGCAAAGAACACACCGAACACAAGACCGGUCUGCAGUCCUUGAAGCAGCGAAAAGAGCACGAAGUCGAGCCUGCGGGGGAGAAGACGAGUACAUGA